GUCCAAGAUCCGAUUCAUUUUAUUCCCUCGCGUAGCUUGAUUAAUUAAGGGUCGCAUUGCGCUCGCAGUGUCAUGAAUGUCAAGUCGAUGAUAUAGGUAGAACGCCUCUUCUCGCUGCGCUCAGGAACAGCCAAAUCGGAAGGCAACACAGGAGCAACAUGUCACACAGUCCCCAACAUGCACCGUUUUCAGCACAGGUGCUCGAUGACCUCGACCUCAACGAACGCAAUUCUCACAGGACACAGGACAAUGUACCAGGAGUGCCCAUGUCCUCCGCACCACCGCCUUCAUUCGACAGCUUUCCGGAUAUCUCUAUACCCAGACCACAGUCUUCAUCGGUUACGCCAGCAGCGCCACCAAGCUGGCGUAUCCCGUCGUUCUCGUCCUUUCCGGUCGAUAGUCCAACUGUUCUACCGCUAAGCGCUACCGCAGGCGUGCCAAGGGAAGAAGAUCUCGUGAGCUCGAGUCGGUCGAAACACAGGGAGAGGAAAAAGGACAAAAAGAAUGACCAAACGAGCGAUCAGCGCCGCGAAGACAAAGACAGGAGCAAAUACGGGACGCGCUCGAGCGACGAUCGAGGCGACGGCGAUCGAGACCGGCGGAAAGAGAGAAAACGGAGUCGAAGCAGGAGCUACGACAGGUCGAGUCGGAGCCACAGAGACGAGAAGAGCAGCCGAGAUCGAGAUCGAGAUCGGGAUCGGGAUCACUUAGAGAGUAAGGAUCGACAUAGGAACAGUACAAGUAGCAGAAGCAGCAGGAGAGACAGUUCAAGGGACAAACAUGCAGAUCGGCAGCGCCGCGACCGAGUAGACCAUCGCGAUGACCGCGAUCCAAGUCGAGAUCGGCACCACCGCCACUCCAGCAGGCAUGGAUCAAAUCGCGCACGAGAUGGUAGCAAAAGCCCGGAUCGCAAGAAGAGUCGGCGUGAUGAAAUCAAGGAAGAGGAGAAGGAGAGCUGGGCCAGUCGUAGAAAACGGGACCAGGAGCAGGAAUCAAACAAAAUCAUGUCAAGCUUUGCAUUGUCGUCAGAGAAAAACAAACCAGGGACAUGGAUCAUUGAUGUCAAGGGCGACCAGGACUUUCACCGGUAUGGAGGAUUGGAUCCACACACAGUACCUCGAUUCUACCGCGCUGGAGCUGGCCGGGUUUUGGGAUUGCCAAGAUCUAUGCGGAUUGAUUUUGAAAAGACAAGGGCACUGGGCAACAAGGGCAUUGUGAUGAGGACGAGUGGCCGAAGCACAAAGCCAGCUCGAUACAGCGACCUACAUGCGACCUGGCGCGACCAAAGCCACGAGUACAAGCGGAUCACACGUGCGAAGGCUGAGGAGCUUGCGAUGGCGAUGAAUAUCGCACGAGAGGACCCAUCGUUCAUAUCGCUGGAUGUGCGGUUACAGAACAGACAGGAUGAUCUUAGCAUCAGCGACGAUUCAGAACCGGAGAGAAGCGACAGUGAGGAUGGGACUUUUGACAGCAGGAGAAAGCUUGAUUAUCGAGAUAUCCAUGGCAAAUCGGUUCACAAGGAUGAGGAUGAGGACUUGCUGCAGACGACCAGCGAUCAGGAGGAAGAAGGAGCCGAGAGCGCAUUAGACGUGUUGCGAAGGCGUAGAAUGAUGCUUGACGGCGAGUUGCGAAAGAACCCUAAGCAGCCCGAGAAAUGGCUCGAGUUUAUUGCAGUCGAGGAUGAAAUUAAUUUGGUAUCAAGCAGGCGAUCUGUAGGAAACCAUGCGGCCCAUUCAGCUGGCCAUGCAGGGGUCAAACUGAGUAUCUUUGAGCGAGCGCUUCAGUCGAACCCGACCAACGAACAUCUGCUGCUUGAGUACAUGACCACCUGCCGGCACAGCUGGGAGCCAGCCAAGGUCCUUUCGAAAUGGGACGAGUUGUUGCAAUCGCAGAAGAUCCAGACAGCAUGGCCAGGUCUUUGGAUCAAGUAUCUGGAUUUCCGGCAGAGGCACUUUCUCAGCUUUUCGGUCAAGAACUUUGCUCGCGUUCUGGAGGAUGCGCUGGACCGACUAGGCCAACUGGCCAGGUCAACCUGGCUGGCCUUGCAGAGGGCUGAUGAGAAGACGGAGCUUCAGGCCCAGCUUGUUAAGGUCGAAUCGGUCAUGGUCCAUGUCAUAGCGCGUACAUGGACCUUUCUAAAGCAAGCAGGAUAUAUCGAGCGGGCACAAGGGAUUAUACAGGGUCAAGUUGAGUUUAUAUUCAACAUGCCGCCCAGCCUAACAACUGAGUCGUGGGAGAUCCAGAUUGGAAGCCUUGAGGAAUACUGGGACUCGGAGCUGCCUCGAUUUGGAGAGAAGGAUGCCAAGGGCUGGACGCACUACGUGAGCGAAGAGGAUGAGGUCACCAUGGAGAACCAGCUGGAUCAGACGACACUUCCAAAGCAAGAUGACUUGGACGAGGAGCUGCUGAAGGCUUUUGCGGACAAUGAUGUUGAUAGGUAUCAGUACAGCCGCUGGGCAACACUCGAGAAGGAUUUGAACCGCUUGUGUUGGUUCCCGAUCCGAACCACAGAGGAUUUACCUGCCCAGCUGGAGAAUGAUCCCUAUGGAAUCAUUAUCUUUGAUGACAUUCGACCGUUCAUUGUGUCUCUUUACACAGCAGAGGCGCGUCUGCAGUUUGUGGACUGCAUGUUCAACUUUCUCGGAUUGCCUGUUAAUUCGUUUGCUGGAUCGAAUGAAUCACAGAGCUCUCUGUCUUCACCCGUCUCAAGACCGAUGAGAGCCACCAGCUUCUACAAUCCAUACUUUCAUGAUUCGUUGCUUCUGGACAUGGGGAUGGAUAUCCAGUCGUCACAGGAUUCCAACCUGGGUCUGAAACGAUUCUUUCCGCCGUUUGAGAACAAGGCCAAAUUGGUCGAACGCGUCAUGAAGGAGAUCGAGUGGGAACAGCAGCUUCGUGAGCCAGAGGAACGCGACUGGAACUGCGUGUGGAAUCUGCCGAUCCAUUUGUUUCCUCAUGGACCGGAUACAAUUUUUGGCAGGAGGGGCGGUGAUUCCUCGGAAGAAGACGCGCGAUACCGAUGGGCGAAUGUCAGCAGCCAUGAAGAAGUCAAGGUCUCCAAUAAGGUGUUCAUAAGGAAUACAUUCCAGCAGUUAAUUGAUGUUGUCAAAUUACCCAAGAACUACCAGCGCGGUCUUUCGUUAUACCACUUGAUGUUUGAGGCUUUGGACACUCUUUCUGCAUCCAAGGGCCAGAAACUGGCAAAGAAAUAUCUAAAGGGCGAUAGAAUGGAUCUGGAGCUCUGGAAUGGCUAUGCGCAAGCAGAGUUGACCCUCGGUCGCAUCUCCGAGGCAAGAAAGGUGUAUUCGACGGCUCUUUCGAUGUACAAGACGUUCCCUGCUGAGAACCAAGCUCGAGCACCGCUUAUUAUCCGCUAUUUCGCUGAACUGGAGUGGGCUCAAGGUCGCCCAGGGGUCGCACUAGUGAUUCUUGUUGCAUUCGCUGAAGGAGUCGCAGCCGAUAUUCCAGGAGAUGAUGAAAAGGACAUCCCAACACCGACCCCGACAAGACUGAUCAAGGCGCGCCAGUUCUACUCUCAAAAGUCUGCUCAGCUUAACCUUGGACGGCUCACAGAUCUAGCUGACAAUACGGAUGCGAUAGGAAGCAAAUGGUUUGAGCCGGCCUUGGACCUGAUUGUCUGCUUUGCCUGGUUUGAGUACUUGUCAUGGUCCACUGGCGUCGCUUUGGAGGCUGGAAUUAAGGUCUUUGAGGAUGCGAUUCAGCAGCUUGAUUUCCGAAAUCCUGAUUGUGAGAUCGAGGUUCCUGUGGAGGUCCCUGGACGCAGUGCCACCAGUAAACACCAGCCAUUGCUCUUUUCGUCGAUUGCAGUGUCUGCAGACCUGGAGGUGGAGAAGAGGACAACGAAGAAGAGGAUCUGUACCGGUGCAGAGGCGGAGAUGGUGUGGGUCCAGAUGGCCAAGUUAGUCUACUUUCAUUCCUUGCAGGCGGCUAGUCCCUCCAAGCGAUCAAAGGCAGACGGAGCCGCAGGAUUUCAACCACGCAAUCUUAGGCAUGUUGUUCAAGCAGGUCUGCAGAGGUUCCCAAACUGCACAGUCUUACAAUCGCUGUUCUUUUGGACAGAAGCGAAGCAGAGAUUGCAUGGCCGUGUUAGAACAUGGGUGAACGAGCAGGUGAUGUAUGGUCAGGGUUCCCGACGGUUAGGUGGUGGAGGACCGCUGGCGAGCAAGGCACCGAUGUGGAUAUUUGGGCUGUUCUAUGAGCUCUGGCAACAGGAGCCGUAUAAUGUCCACGUGGUGCGAUCGCUAUUGGAAUCUGCGCUCGAGUCGGCAAAGUCGGUGUCGUCCAGCUCGAGUCCAAACCUGUGGCUCGUUUAUAUUGAACUGGAGCUGCGCGAGAGUGUGCGGCAGCAAGAAGACAGGAACAACAGCGAAACUAAGGGUGGAAGCAAAGGCAAGGGCAAGGACAAGGAUAAGAAGUCGUCCCGUAUUGAUCUGGGCAUUGAGUCGAGUAGCAGGGCGAAACAGCUGGUGAUGCGGGCGGUGAAUGAUUGUCCGUGGUGCAAGGAUCUGUACAUGCUUGCGUUUGAGCCGCGGAUGCGGAAGUUGUUCUCGAUCGAGGAACUGGACCAGUUGUAUCAGACGAUGCUGGAGAAGGAGAUUCGGGUGCGACAUGAGAUCCCGGAACGCGUGGUACCGGCGUCGAAGGAUGUGGAAAUGACUGAGGCGGACAAGGACAGUAAAGACGUGUCGAUGGAUGAGGAUUAGGACGCAUGCAUUACAUGGCACGGUAUGACAUUGUAUGUAACGGAUAGCCUGCAUGCAUCAAUCAAUGUAUCCCGUUCGCUCGCGUGGGGAUGGGUCCAUGCGUAGAAGGAUAGAAUAAAGUAUAUCCCGAUCUUGGU